GUGYUAUAAAAACGCAACACACUUCUGGUCCCUGGACAAGCCAACACUGAGCGACGUAUUCUCCAGAAGAGCGGCGAUAACGGACAUUACAAACGUCAAAGCAGGACCAGGSGCAGCCCUGGUAACUACUACAGCCAUAAGCUUAAAGAACAACCAAAUCAAUCUUGGUGAUUUCKCCAACGAGUGUGUCAGUAACCCUAAUCUAUGCUCGMAAGGCAUGACGGUAGCACUUUGGUUSAACAUCGACUUAGCGGCGAGUGGUGCCCAGACCAUUCUCUCAUCAGACACCAACUCUCCCGGRAUUCGAAUCUACUACGAUUCUAGCGACCUUUAUGGUGUUGUACACGAUGGGUCGGUCAAGCACACUGCUAAACUACCCGCCAGUAAAGGCGUUUGGCAUCACGUGGCCAUCACGUGGAGCUCCUUAUUAGGAUUGCGAAUGAUGAUUGACUUUAACAGUAAAACCCAAGGUUCUUCAGCUGUUAAUUUAAUAUUGACUGAUUCAAAUACCUUGUUGACGCUUGGCGCCAAAAACGACAUGAGCGGAAGCGCGGACGCARUCGUUAGCAGUUUGGCGAUUUGGUACGAGGCCUUAGAACUGUAUCAUCUACAGAAAAUAGGAAUCGCCGCUGGAAUCACACCAGGCGUACUAUUAUCUAGUAAUACCGACAUCCAUCUCAAUCUCCCCAUCGACCAGAUUACUACCAACAACGAUAAACAAGACACCGCCGAACUCUCUCAACUUAAUUACAACGAUGGUAACCCGAAUUCAGCGGGUUGGCAGCCAUUCACAGCAACUGGACGAGAAUACCUCCAGUUAGACUUUGUCUUGGGGCGAAGCAUAACUCGAYUGUUGACUCAAGGUGGAGGCACUACUUGGGUAACUGUCUUCACGCUUUCUCAUAGCUUGGAUGGGAUACAAUGGGAAAAAUAUCAGAUAAAUGGCUCAGUAUAUAACUUUCGCGGCAAUUCAGACAGUUCCAGCAUCGUUUCUCAUAGAUUCAGCCCACUCAUCGAGGCCCGCGUGAUUCGCAYUUUCCCAGUCAGCUGGCAUAUUUCUAUUGCCAUGCGCGUUGGCGUGUUCUUCGCCAUAGACCCAUUCCUUAGCAAAGGUUGCUACACUAGCACGUCGCUAAAUUUGAGACAGCCAAGUAACAACAUUAAUCCUAGCGCAAUGCAUCCUGGCAUGUGUGUGACUCCAUGUGGCAUAGGUUCCUAUAAAUACGCUGGCCUGACAGUUGAAAGCCGAUGCUAUUGUAUUAAUACAUUGCCGAGCACCGGUAAGGUCUCAAAGUACAAAUGUAACGAGCCUUGCAGAGGAAACCCCGCGUUUAUGUGCGGCAGCCAAUCACAUGUCAGCAUUUAUGACGUCCGGGAACCAUUGAACAACAAACUAUCCAUAACAAUUCCAAGCACUGCAAUGGCGAUGGAGAAAUUCAAAGUCACUUCUGAUAGCCACCACUUUUUUAUCUCGAAUUUCUGGGACGGUAUAUUUUUGACUACAAAUAAUUCAGAGCUGGAGUACUUCGUACUGACCGCUGAUUCAAGAAGGGUUUUGUCAAGCACAUGGAUUGGUAGAUAUGGUGUACCGAGACAAAUCAAAACAACAAAGAAACUUGAUGUUGGCUGGUCGGUGAUGGGUACUAAUAUAACUUACAAUAAAAUAGUCGAGUCCAAUCUGUCAUAUUUAGUUAAUGCGACCAUUAUCGAAGGCAAAGACGUUGUCAUGACUCUCACAAAAAGGAACGCAUCGGAAGGCACGUCCGAGUAUUAUCCACCUAAUUCUAACUUGUACCGCACAUCACGUGCAARAGUGAGACAACGAAUAACGACAAGCGGACCCACAGCUGUCGACCGAGUGUACCUGCUGGUUGACAACCAAUUUAAAACGGGUGUUUUAAAAGCCUUUAGCGCUGAAGUUGCAAGCAAAGGCUAUGUGAAACUGCAGAUCUAUCGUCCUGUAUGCAGAAGGCGUAAGGAAAAACAGUAUUGCUAUAUUAGUGGACAUUGCAGUUCAUCUAUACCAAAAUGUACAGGAUCGUCUUCGGACAAACAAACUUCAUGCUCUGCUCCUAAAUUCUUCUCUUUGACGACAUCAAGAUGUACAAUAUCUAGCUUAGUCUUUGUUAAAAACACUGUAGGACAAGUUGGAGGACCUUUGACAGCAAACUUCGAACUUGUAUUUGAGCAGCUGGUUUAUUUAACCGCUGGAGUUCAUCUUUUUCUCGCGCAAAACGUAACUCCAGGUUCUGGCUUUAAAGUUCGCGAUAAGGAUAUUAUAGGGGUUACUCUUCCACCAGUCACAGGCGCAGAGUUGAACAUGGCGAGAUCACACAAACGGAUACCUUACAAAACGGGAGUGAAUGUGACCGUUGGGGGUUUUUACGUGACCGCCAACUACAACAGCACCGCUUUAGAUUUUUCGCCACUCGUACGCGCGACUUACGUCGUUUCAGCGGAAUUCUCACUCAGUCUAAACUGCAGUGUUGGGCACUACUUUGACACAUUUAAUUUCUCAACUGGUCAUAAUUACGAAACUCAAUCCGCCGAGUACGUUUGCAUUGAGCGAAUCCGUAACGUCAAGUGGGGAUUACUUCCGUAUGUUGAAGUUGGAAUGCCACUUAAUAUAACAGUGUACAAACACUAUGGAUACAACGUUACGCACAUCCUAGAGUUCGAUAACAAUGCUAUCAAUAACACUAUAGAACCUCCUACUAACUUUACGCAUACAUACGAAAGAGUCGAUCGAAAUAUUACAUUUCAACAUACUUUUGACUCCGUGAGUAACUAUACCAUUACGAUGGCUGCGUACAACAUUCUAGGCUCUUUUAGCCGCCUUUGUACCGUGGCAGUCCUAAAUGCGGUGCAAGCUGUGAUCAUUGACUCYGUUACACCUACUGCCGUGAACACGAUCAUGAAUAUAUCUUGGACUGUGUACAACGGGACUGAAACACAUUGUAAUGUGUCAUACGGCGAUGGGCAUGCCACCAGGGUUGAAACUGGGACCAUCAAUGUUUCUAAGUCAUACUGGGUAGCUAAAACAUAUCAGACCUUUGGCGAGUAUUGGGUCAAUAUAUCGUGUGGAAAUCCUGUAAGUGAAGUGGUAAAUAUAACGAUGGUCGUAGUCGAGGUUCCUGUGAAGUCACCGGUAGUUUGUAAGGUGAAGUCUUUUGAUAACAACCCUUGGAUUGAGGUGAAUGAGACCGUUGAGUUUCAAUCUUACCUAACGAAUAAACCAACUAACGUGGUAACACGAUUGGAAUAUGGUGACGGAAAUUUCAACGAAACAAGAGAAUAUACAACGCUUGUUUAUAGUGGUGUUCAGCCGUACUAUCGAUAUUCUAAAGUCUUGAAAUCAUAUUCGUAUUGGACAGUAUUCAAUACCAACAUCACCGUUUAUAACAAUGUGAGCUCAGAAAAUUGCUCUAUGGAUGUGACAGUCCACAAGCCUGUUUAUCCCAUAAUAAUCACAUCACUGACCGCGAGGGACGCCAACCUUUCGACCCCAACUGCAUUCAUGAUGAACAUUUCAUCAGGGAAUGACUUUAACUGUACUUGGAACUUUGGUAACUCGUAUAUUAGGUAUAAUGGCAGUAGUUUUUCUACAUUGGGAAGCUAUGUAUACUAUGAGUAUUCCAUUGUGAAAUGUUACACUGUUAUUGUAUUUUGUGCWAACCGUUUGUACACAGYCACCAACAGUACAAUAGCCUGCGUUUAUCUGCCAAUAGAAAACCUGACCCUCACCGCCCCUUCCCAUCAAGACAUCAAUAUCGGUUGCCCAAUUUCUUUCCGGGCAGGGCAAGGGACGAGCAUUCAUUUUAGGAUGACAUGGAACAAUGUUACUACCUUGCAAACUAAGAACAUUACCAUUACUUCGAUAUCUUCAACCUCGACAAUCACUACUGGGAGUACCACCAUUAAGUCUUCGUAUUUUCCCCAAAUUGGCACUUAUAAAGUUAAACUUUUCGCCGAAAACAAAGUGACAUCAACAGUUGUAAGGUCAGAGAUUGUAAAGGUACAUAGUCCAAUUUCCAAAUUCGCCGUCCAAAGCAGCCAUGAGUACAUUGAGGUGAAUCAUGUGGUAAACUUAAAGGCUACUGUGGAUUCCGGUUCUAAUGUAACGGUUUAUUGGGAUUUUCAAGAUGGCAUGAACCAAUCACAUUUUUUCAACGGCGAUACUUUACGGCUUGGUGGUGACAUCGUGAACUAUUCGUUCCAAGAUUCCGGUCUCUUCAAGGUCAGCACUAACUUUAGUAACCCUUUGGAGAGUUUUGUUAGUUUGACCAAUAUAUAUGUACAAUAUCCAGUAAAGAAGCUUGAACUUAAGACGAACAGUCCACAGAUCAUACCUACUGGUACAACUACUUUUACUUUAAAGGUACCACAAAAUAUACGAGCGCCGACGGAUGCGUUCAUUGACGUUACCUAUGGGUCGAUCGGUGUUGAUAGUGAUAAACCCUUCGGGACAGAGAAAGUAAAAAAUUUUUCGAAAAGCAUCGUGAAACCUGGGUUGUACCAAGUGAAUAUCAAUAUCAGUAACAAGAUAAGUUGGCAACAAAUCAAUACAACAAUCGACGUCCAAAGAGAAAUCAAAGGCCUUGAGCUGUUUGCAGUGAAUACUGGCGCAGGAGACACUGCGUUCGGGACACCCGGUCUUGGUAAAGACAAAAACGCGUUUCCACGCGAGAUUCCGGUUCGAUUUAAUGUGCGUACGACAGACGGUUCAAACAUGACGUUUUUCUUCAAUUACGGGGACAAUUCGAGUUAUCAUACUCAGGAUACCUACUCCACACAUUUGUUCGAGAAGAGAGGGAAUUAUAAUAUCACGGUGAUUGCUAACAACUCAGUUAGUGAAAUGCAAGCUUCAAUAGAAAUUGUUUUGAUGGACAGUAACAUUGGACUUUUUUUUGACAACGAUGGGCCCACGUCUUUUCCACUGAAAACUACUUUUACUUUGAAAUUGUCACAAAUUGGAAAUGAAGCUUGCUGCUUGGUCGAUUUGACCAACAAAACAUAUUUCAUUUACAAGGAUAACGAAGCGACAACCUGUCGGGAUGACUGGAAAAAACUGUCCAAAGUUCAAAACGUCGUGAAAGACAAACUUGAUGUUUCUCUUUCAUUCUCGUUCAAAUUUUGGCAAAAGAAGUAUUACUAUGUUAAAGCAGCUUGUCAUAACACAGUCUCGUACGUUGAGAAACAACACGUAGCCAUUAUACUUCCUCUGCCAUGUGCCUUCCCCGUGAUUGAUCUCAGAAACGUUGGCAAGACCUAUGAGAAGAGAAAACUAUUUUUCCGAUCUUCAAACAUUAAAAUUCACUCCAAAGUUGAUGUCUAUUGCUAUGCUUCAAGGAGAACAGAUUUUUUGUGGACGGUCUACAGCGUUAAUGACACAGGGCAUUCCCAAACCCCUUACAAAAUCAAUUCAGAAGGGAGUACCACCAACAGAUCAGUCCUGGAGCUGCCACCUCGGACAUUACCACUUGGGAAAUACAAAUUUCAGCUGAAUGUCAGCAUAGUGGCAUUAGACCUUGUCUACAGGACAGCCGCUUGUUAUGUAGAAAUCGUCCCUUCGCCCCUUCAGUGUUUUGUCUAUGGGGGCAGCGGCUGGUUACAGUCAGUAUACCGUGAUAUGCAGCUUGCUGGACAUCUCUCGUACGAUCCUGACGAAAACGAGGACAACAACACCAAUUGGAUUGAGCAUUACUUCUACUGCAGGAAGAACGGAGCCAACUACACUUUUCCAAAAAUGCCUCUCCUUGACACCAUAGAGCAAGCAAAGGGUGGAGGUGGGUGCUUAAGAAAUGAGGCCGGGUUUAUCAGCAAGGGUAUGAGUAUCAAAACCUAUCUGAAUGGCACAUUUAAAGUAAAUGAUUCGCUGGAAUUCAGACUUUACUGCAUGAAAGGCUCAAGACUUGGAUUCUUUGAUGUUUUCUUGAAGAUGGCAGAUAUUGACCCCCCUCGUUGUCAACUAAGUAUUGAUAGUCUCACAUUCAACCGUCAAGUUAUCAGUUCAUCAAAGGUGACAAUAAGAGCCAACUGUAACGUUUGGGAAGGCACUGAGGCAGACAUAGUUCUAAAAUGGGAUCUCUUCAAAAAGGUCAACAUCAGCGACUUAGAAAUCAAGGAUUUAAAGGACUUCUUGCAUAUUCAAGGUGAUAGAAAUUUUCUUGUUCUUCGCAAGGACUCUCUCGAUGAUUGCAGCUCUUACAUGGCCAAACUUGUGGCUCGCUUUGGCGAUGGUCCACCUGGAUUCACGUACAUCGACAUCACMACACACUGCUCCCCUAAAGGAGGCAGAUGUGCGGCGCUUCCCCAAGAAGGAUUUUCCACGACGCCAUUCAAGUUUAAAUGCGAGGGUUGGAAUAGUUCAGGAGGCGACUUGCACUUUUAUUUCUACUAUAAAACUCGUCCUUAUGAUCUGCCAUGGCUAUUCGUUCAUACUGAACAACUCGCCACGGACAAUAUAACUUUACCUGAGGGUGAUGAGGCCUUUGAUUAUAAUGURGAUGUCAUAGUUCAGGUGGUAGAUAGUGUUGAAGCAAUUACAGAACAGACAUUUAAAGUGAAGGUUAAACCAAAACAAACUCCUCCAGAUGAAUCCUUGUAUGCAACGCUGCGUAAAGAUAUUCUUGACAAAAAUGGACGAUUGGUAGACCUGGACAUGAACGAUAACUCUCAGGCACUUAAUCAAUGGUGUCAUCACAAAGCUAAAAUAUUGAACAACGUGUCAAAAGGACAAAUAAAUGACAUGAAAAAUUUGACCCGAUUACUUCAAGAACUUGAAACAUUUUUGGAUGAACUUCCAACGAAAGAUCCUCCGGGAACCGAUCAUMAAAAGACAGCCGAAGUCCCGGUUUUGAAAGCACAGAUAGAAGAUUUAACUAACCAAUCGAAAAAAUAUUGUGAAAUCCGUGAAAGAAUUGCCCUGUCGGUGUUCAAUGUUCAGUUGGAAUCUAUCACCACAAUUCAAAUGACAUCAGUAACAAUCUCUGAACUGGCGGGGAGCCCUGAAGACCAUUGUAUCCCCAUGCUGGUACACCUUACAGGAGCGCUCAAAAAAAUCUCGGAUUUUUUCAUUGUGAAAAUGCCAAGUUUGAAUUUUGAUGAUGUCAGAAGUGGAAUGUCGUCGUUCUCUCAAGCUUCGGCGGCCGUUCUUCGCGGGUUCAGUGACAUAUGGGAAAAAUCAAUACAAGGGGAUACUCWAGAGAAGARACAAAAUGUCCAACUGGCCGCAAAUUAUUCCGAUUUGCUCAURGAUCUGAUCCAAGACACAAUCAGUGCUCUCAAAGAUUGCUGUAUUGUGCUCAACGAAUUCCCAACAAAGGUGUUCUCUCCUGAGCUUAAUAGCACAUUUGCUAAAAACACAUUGGACGUGCUCUAUAAUCUGUCCCUUCAUACCGGUAGUGGGAUGGUGAACUUGAAAGGCGUGCUUGAUGAAGUGUUUGGUGACAUUAACGACACGUCCUUGACCGUCACCACAGAAGCAAGAGUUUUUAAGGAUAACCCUUUCACUGGCGAUAAUUCAUCUAGGCAUGUCCAUAGCAUGGUAUGYGACUUUCAGCUAUCAAACAAAACAGGCCCUAUAAAACUACAWAACCUGACAACUCCUSUUGAGAUCUGGAUUMGGAAAAAAGGAYCCCUAUCAAAUUGCUUUCRAGGMAAAAUCUCAUAUCAUGAUACAGAGUACCAUAUAUUCGAGGUGACCAGGAACGAAAGCUCAGUCAACGUUGACGUACGAGAAGUCGUUGACAACUCUCAACAAGCAGAAUUUUCGGUAUCUCUUCGGAAAGGCCGAAGACCUAACGAGAACGAAGACGAUUAUUAUGACCUUCCGACUAUUGACGAAGAUAACCAAACAGUUCAUACGAAGUUCUUUGCUAGCAAUAAAACCAAUAAUACAAUGGCUGGUGUGUAUUAUGUUGCUGUAAAGUACAAUAGGACUUUGAAUGGCAAGGAAAUAUCCCAGGAAAACAUGAACAAGGUGGUGAACUAUUCCAUGUGUGUGUAUACAUCGRAGUGCAUCUUUUGGGAYGAGAAGGAKAAGCRCUGGGUAGGAUUUGGUUGCCAGGCUGGUCGACGGUCGAACUUGACUCACACGCAAUGCCUUUGUAAUCACGCCACAGGGUUCGGAAGCGAUUUUGUUGUCCCACCAAAUAGAAUCGAUUGGGAUAAAAUCACCCUCGAAGAACUAUUUAAUAACUUCUUGGUCRCGGGUGUUCUGCUAGGCACCAUUGGACUCUAUUUACUUCUUCUGAUUCCCGCAAGACGACAAGACAUCAAAGAUCUGACUAAGUUGGGAGUCAUCCCGAUUCCCUCAAAUGAUCCACGAGACUCAUACGGCUACGAGAUUUGUCUCUACACCGGGUUCCAAAGAGGUAGCGGGACAACCGCACAAGUAUCAAUCAUCCUCUCAGGUUCCAAGAAUAACACUCAGCCUCGYGUACUCCAAGACAUUGACAAAAAAAGUCGGCUCUUCCAACGUGGUUGCGUGGAUAGUUUCUUGUUGACCACKCCGUUCGACCUGGGGCAAGUUGAAUCUGUCAAACUCUGGCACAACUUCGGCGGAGAAAAUCCAUCAUGGUAUUUAUCCCGAAUGUAUGUGCGRGAUUUACAGACCGAUACAAAGACGUGGUACAUUUGUAAUCGAUGGUUCGCGGUCGAGGAAGAUGAUGGGAAAAUCGAACGGGUUCUCCACCCAGCGUGCAAUAGUGAUCUUACGUCCUUUAACCUUCUCUUUCAGUCGGAAACYAGAAAAAACUUUUCCGACAGUCAUCUGUGGUUCUCCGUUUACUAUCGCCCACCUCAAAGCACUUUCACAAGAGUGCAGCGAUUGACCUGUUGUUUGUGCAUACUUCUAAGCACAAUGCUUGCCAACGCCAUGUUCUAUCAGACUGGUGRAGAUACCCGGAACGCUGAGGUGGUUAUUGGUCCAUUUAGACUGUCGACGCAGCAGAUUUCCAUAGCAAUCACAAGCAGUUUAGUGGUAUUGCCAAUUAAUAUGAUAAUUAUCAAUAUCUUUCGUAAAGCGCGCUUGAAGGACCCUCCAAAUAACGAAAACAYCAAACAAUYCUUGGACAAAAAUAGGAGGAAUUCAGGAACACAGUCAACACAUGAAGAAGACGAGGAAACUGAGCAUGUGUAYGAAGAAAUAUCACUUGAAAAUAAAAGUGAUGUCGAUGAAGAGGGCGAAAAUAACGACGAAAACASUAAGAAAGUUAAAAARGAAACACCCAAAGAGCCCAAGAAGCCCUUUACACUCCCCCACUGGUCAGUUUACAUUGCUUACGUGWUGGCUUUUCUAACGUGCGCCACGUCCUCCGUUAUCACUGUUUUUUACUCGUUAACUUUCGGUAAACCCAAAGCCGAAGGAUGGCUGUCCGCCAUGAUGAUUUCAUUUUGGCAGGAUGUCCUUAUUUCCCAACCAAUCAAAGUCUUGGCUAUCGCCGUYCUGGUAGCCCUCAUAAUCAAAGACCCUAASAAAAUGGAGGAAGGCACUAAGAGGUCAGCGGAAUUGGGUCAUGACGAGGAAUGGGUCCACAGGRAGCCUGACACAAACGAAAAAGUUCAAUUCCUUGUGCCCAAACCACCAACUGAAGACGUGCUGUAUGAAAGGAAGCAGAUKUUGCUCAAACAAAAAGAGAUGAAGGCCAUCAUAAAAGAAAUCGUUGUCUAUUUUCUGUAUUUGAUGGUUUUGUGUGUUGUAGCGUACGGUGGUGUUGAUCCUCAGUCUUUCCAGAUAUCGCAAGCAACGAAAGCGGUUUUCGCGGAAAGUUCGUAUGCUGGUGCGGAUCCGUUCGACUCUGUUGUCGAGCCUGUAAAGUUCUGGAAAUGGCUUCAUUCUACUAUGAUUCCAGCCCUCAAGCCAAACUACUGGUAUGGACCUUACAAAGACAACCAAGAAGAAGUACUUUGGUCUGCGGAACGCAUUAAACACAAGGCAAGAAGAGGUUGGAGGUUCAAAGUUCAUAAACGGGUCACCGGAACGUCCGAUUCCAAUACAAUCGAAUCAGUUGAAAAUGCAACGCUUCACAAGUUCCCCCAAAACGUCAUAGCAGAUCGUGGAACAGCGUACAUCAUAGGAUCUGCUCGUCUCAGGCAGUUACGAGUGCGUCGAGGUGAAUGCGACAUUCUUCCUACCUUAAAAAGGUACUUCCACUCGUGCACAUCCCCCUAUACAUGGGAAAAUGAAGAUGACACAUCCUAUCUUCCUGGAUGGAAAUCCGUUAACAAAAGUACACAAGAAAUACUUGCUAAAGAUGACAAAUCUGCUUGGGUCUGGAGAAGUGCUUGGGAUCUCCAGGGGACUCCCUUUUGGGGAAUCUUUGCCACUUACUGGGGAGGCGGUUACGUGGCCAACCUCGAACUAUCAAGACUCCAGACCAUCGACGAAAUGCAGAACCUUGAGUUGGAAACCUGGAUAGACCGCCAUACCAGGGUAGUCUUCACUGAAUUCGCACUGUAUAACGCGUAUARUAACUUCUUCUGUGUCAUAACAAUGUUAUCGGAGAUCAUUCCGACAGGGGGUUACCACCAUUACGUUCAGUUUCGACCAAUUCGUUUAUACCGAUAUACGGGACCAGAGACCUACACCUUGAUGGCUUUUGAAUUGGUAUACAUCAUCUUCCUAUUCGUGUUCACGUACAGCGAGUUUAAAGAGCUUUUCCGCCGUAAAGGUAAAUACUUCCAAGACCCGUGGAACUUCGUGGAAAUAUUGAUAAUCGUUUUGUCUUUUGUGACUAUCGGACUAUUCUUCGCUCGCCUGGCGUUCGGCAAGUACGCCGUGAGCAGGAUGAGAAAGAACCCUGGGGGCUUCGUUAGCUUUACGUACGUGCUACUACUAGACGAGUACCAAAUUGCUACUCUUGGGUUUGUUGUUUUCUUUAACAUUUUGAAGUCAUUCCGCCUUCUGAGGUUCAACCGUCGCAUGUCUUUGCUAACAAGGACUGUCAAGGAGUGUGCGGCGCCGUUGAUGUCGUUCUCCGUAUUGUWCCUGAUCGUGCUCUUAGCGUACGUCCAGUUUGCUUUUCUCGUUUUUGGACCAACGGAGGAGGACUACAGUUCCUUUUCCACAUGUCUUUCGACCAUAAUGACUAUGACGCUUGGAGGGUUCGACUUUGAAACUCUAGCCAACGUGAACCGCAUAUUGGGACCKAUAUUCUUCUUCUCUUUCAUGUUGYUCGUCUUCAUGAUUCUUGUCAACGUAUUUCUUAGCAUUAUUAACGACACAUUGGCAAACGUGUCGAGCGAUGUGGCGCUGCAGUCGAACGACUACGAGAUUAUGGAUUUUGUAGUGCACCAAAUUAAGUUGGCAGCAGGUGCGCACGUUGGCCCCGCCGUAAAACCAGUGUACAAAAAGAWAAAGACACAACUUCAACGUGAUAUAGAUGCCAUUGAGUCACUGUCUGAGAACAUCGAAUACGCUUUGACCAACACUAUUGUGGAAGAACAGCGUCAAACAAACUGGUUAAAGCCAGAAAACAUGACGAGAAAAAAGCUGAUCGUCUUGCAAGAGGUGCUUCGACGACAGGAGGGCGACCAAGAUGAAGACGACUUGGCGAACUUGAUUCCUAUGAUGGAGCAAUUUCUCAUCAAAAAUGGCAAUAGGGACGCUGUUAGAAAKGCUCAUAAUCAUGAAACCGACGUGGUGUCACUAGAAGAUGUCGACUUCGACAUGAAAAAAAGUUCUCGAUCUAGUAGUUUCGACAGCAAUAAUCAACACUUGUACGAGAGCUUAUCCAAUAACGCAACUAACAUUACGGCAGAGACACUGCCUCACUUGGAAGACUCGUUAAUAUGUUCACAAGGCAACAAAGAAGAACUCGUGGAUGACAUCUAUGAAUCACCAACSGCAGACGUUAGUGAUGAUGAUUGGUUCGUGGAUAGUGUAACGUCAAGUGGUAAACUCGUGGAAACUGUUAAAACAGAAAAUCUUGAAUCUGCGCAACAGMAUAUUCUUAAGAAUGGUAGACCUUCCAAGGAUGAAGCGACUGACGAUAAARAAUCCGACAAUAAGGAAUACGAGAAUCCCACAUACCAAAAUGAAUCUCUGCUAAGUCCAAAGGGGCCUGGAGAAUCGACUGACUCCCCUAUGUCGACGCUGUCGGGCCCAGCUCAUUCCACAGUAACAAGACCAAGUUUCUGUGAUUCACUCUAUAAUUAUGAAGAAAAUAGCACCUUAUAAAGAGUAUAAAGAGUCACCUUAUCAAAAAGGUUGCCUUGGUCAGUUUUAUAGACCCCUUACGGUUCAUGGGAAUGCAGUUCCAAGUGGAGGACAAAACAAUGGAUUUUUGUUCCCAAGACGUUGCUCCAGAUGAAGCUGCUUUGACGUCACACGCCUUUUUUCAUAGAAUUCGUCACAUGCCUCUUUUUAUAGAAUUGUAGGAGAACAGUUUGUUGUUUUUUUUGGACAAGCCCACAAUGUAAAAUUUAUUUGAUUUGCUGAUAUACCAAACGUUUUGAGAUUUUUGCCAGAAAGCAAUAGAUAUUUAAAUACACUGAGAUUUCUAAGAUAUCAAUCACUUGAACAAGAAAAGCAAGAACAAGAAAAUGUACUAUGUAAUCUGUAUGUCAU